AUGACGGGACAGCAGGGGCACCUUCUCGUUCCCAAGUCUGAUAUACCGUUGUCUGAGCUCCCCAUUGCUUUUCGGCGAGUGGCAGCCGUUGCUGGAGACGAGAUCGUGUCAUCUCAGCCAUCGGAUGAGCCGAUUCGGAUAGAGAAGGACCAUUUUUGGCUUCUUGCUGACAACUUGGCUGUUCCUGCAAAGGAAGCUAUCGACAGUCGCACCAUAGGCCCUGUGCAUAAGAACUACAUAUUCGAGAGGGCACUGUAUAUGAGAGGGCAGCAGCCAUCAGUGGUGCUUAGUUGUGCUUCCAGUGCUGGCAGGCAGGGCAGCAUGGCGCCCAUGACAUCUAUCCUGACGAGGCUCAAGUACUACCGAGAGAGGGCUCAAGUGCUUGCCUUUGUCUGCCAGCAUGCAUUCUACUCAAAGAACCCAAGAGGCGAGCUGCCACUCUAUAACUGGAUGAAAUUCAUCGCUCUUGGCAUGAAGGAGAGAUUCCCACUUAUAACGCAGCUUGAGUCAUCAGAGGUCGGAAGCGAGGCCAUGAAGCCGGCUAUAAAGGGGAUAAAGGACGAGUGGGUGCUCCAUCGGGUUCUGCUGCCUCGUUCCGUUAAGGUGCAUGUGGGGGACGUUCUAUGUCCCACAGUCGUGUUUCGGCGAGUUGCAGCCGUUGCUGGAGACGAGAUCGUGUCGUCUCAGCCGUCGGAUAUGCCGAUUCGGAUAGAGGAGAAUCACUUCUGGGUGCUUGCAGACAACCCUGAUGUUCCUGCCAAGGAGGCGUGGGACAGCCGCACGUUUGGCCCCGUGCACCUGGAGGACGUGCUGGGGAGAGCGAUGUAUGUGGUGCGAUCGAUGCAUGAUCAUGGGCCCAUCCAAAACAGGUCGCAGCUGCUUCCGCUCCUAGUGGGAAGCGCAGCGGCACCAGGGGCGGCAAGGGUGGCAGGGGUGGUGGAGGUGGCGGUGGAGGGAGCGGUGGUGGAGGCGGCGGGGGUGGUGGAGGUGGUGGGGGUGGCCGUGGGGGUGGAGGCGGUGGGUGGGGCGGCGGUGGGACCGGGAGCGGUGGAGGAGGCAGCGGCGGUGGAGGGGGAGGAGGCAGCAGUAGUGGUGGCGGAGGUGGGGGCUGGAGUGCGGCCGGCCCGAAGGGGAGCUCCAGUGGUGGCCAGGGGCAGCAGCAGCAGUAAUUGUGCCGUUUUGAUCGCCUCUCGCCGCCUCCUAUCGCCCACUCGCCGCCUCCGUCCCGACGUCGCCCUCGCUAUCUCCCGUCGCGGCCCUCCCCUCAGUUCGCAUCGCCUCGCUAUCUCUUCCCUCCCAUCCCGUUCCCUUUCCUCUCCCGUCGCCUUUCCUCUCCCGUCGCCUUUCCUCUCCCGUCGGCUUUCCUCUCCCGUUGCCUUUCCUCUCCCGUCGGCUUUCCUCUCCUGUCGCCUUUCCUCUCCCGUCGCCUUUCCUCUCCCGCCGCCCUUCCUUCUCUCCCGUCGCCCUUCCUACUUUCCCAUCGCCUUUCUCUCCCAUCACCCUUCCUCUCCCGCCGCCCUUCCUUCCUCCCGUCGCCUUUCUCUCCCGUCGCUCUUUCUCUCUCCCGUCGCCCUUCCUUCCCUCCCGUCGCCUUUCUCUCCCGUCACCCUUUCCUCUCUCCCGUCGCCCUUCCUCUCCUGUCGCCUUUCUCUCUCCCGUCGCCUUUCCUCUCCCGUCGCCUUUCUCUCUCCCAUCGCCCUUUCUCUCCUAUCGCCCUUUCUCUCCCAUCGCCCUUUCUCUCCCGUCGCCCUUCAUCUCUCCCGUCGCGAGGGAGAAACGCCUGCCCGUCGCCCUUCCUUUCUCCCCUCCAUCACCCACCUGGGCGCCUUCGCGCUCGCCCCGAAAUGCCUGCUCGUCGCCCUUCCUCUCUCCCCUCCCAUCACCCACCUCGGCGCCUGCGCGCUCGCCCCGAAAUGCAUGCCCGUCGCCCUUUCUUUCUCCCCUCCCAUCACCCACGUCGGCGCCUUUGCGCUCGCCCCGAAAUGCUUGCUUGUCGACCUUCCUUUCUCCCCUCCCAUCACCCACGUCGGCGCCUUCGCGCUCGCCCCGAAAUGCCUGCUCGUCGCCCUUCCUCUCUCCCCUCCCAUCACCCACCUCGGCGCCUUUGCGCUCGCCCCGCAAUGCCUGCCUAUCGCCCCUCCGCUCGCCCCUCCCAUCACCCACCUCGGCGCCUGCACGCUCGCCCCGAAAUGCAUGCCCGUCGCCCCUCGUUUCGCCCCUCCCAUCACCCACAUCGGCGCUUCGCGCUCGCCCCGCAAUGCCUGCCCGUCGCCCCUCGUUUCUCCCCUCCCAACACCCUACCAUUCCGCAAUUUUUGCUCACUCUUCUCUAACUUGA